AUGGCACCCGAUCUUAAUUCUCUUCCACCAUCCUCUCCAUCCGCACGACCACGUAUCAUGACCUCUUCAAACGGUAGCGGAGACUCUGCCAUACGCGGAGAGUCAGCAUCACCUUCUCCUCGAUCCGCAUCUAUUUCACUACAAGCAGCUGCAACAAUGAAUGCCGGCUUACAGCAUGAACCUAUGAGACGCUCCUCGAGCAGCUCUCUAUCGCGAAACCGACAAUCACCACAGAUGGGUCGACGACGCUCUACGGUUUUAAUGAACCUACAACUCAACGAUCCUUCUCUCCCGGGACCAGGUGAAAUGGUGACGGAGGGUGGAAACGGCGGACACAGCGCCACAAGCCCCCAGCCGAUCUCUGCGUCACCCCUCCUCACCGGAGGCGAUCCCCACCACAACAGAGCCCCAAGCUUGGGAGAGUUACAUCAAGAGCUCGAGGCGGAACAGGAAGCACAAGUGAACCGGCUGUUACAGAUGAUCCGCCAGCAACAACUCCAACUACAGCAACUUCAGGCAGCCCAAGGUCAAAGCCAAACGAGCGUAGCCGCCGAAGAUGCGACCCCUACGUCAGAGAGAUCCAGUUCCAUGGUGCUUCCGAAUGUACCUACUCAACCACCCUUCCCCGCACCGUCUACUUCGGUUCCCCGUUCCCCGGUCCUAUCGCAUCCGCGUUCUUCCUUUGACAUGGCUCGCGAUGCUCUCCACCGCAGAUCCAGAACACCCAGCCGCGGCGCGCCUUCUCCUAGGUUAAGAUCGACGUCUAUCAGUGCAGAAAGUGGAGAGCCGCUCCUUUCUGGAGUUCGCGACGAGAGUGCCUAUUACCAAGCUGAGACGCAGUCUUUAGUUCGUGAGAACCAGAUGCUGCGGCAUAGAAUUCGGGAACUUGAACGCCAACUUAGCGAAGCUCAUGCUGGUGCGUCACUAACACGAGAGCCAACGCAUCAUUCACAUCUCACACAGUCUACUUCAGUAUCCGAGGAAUAUGCCGCAGCGGGCUCAUCAUCUGCUGUUCCUGCUGCUGCGUCUACUAGCACUGCCCAACCUGUCGCGGCCUCGGAAGCUAUUAAGGACGAGUGA